AUGCGACAACUUUCGACCAAGACCGUCCGAUUGCGACGCACAUUUCCUAUACAAUCGUCUACGUACUCGAGAUCAAUAACAGUUUCGAUAUACAAUGCGAGUUAUUCAACUCACUAUCCCUUCCGGGCACGUACCCGAAGUCUACACACAUCCUACGAAAAACCGCACACGAAUCUACAUAUAAUCAAUGACUUCGGAACACACCCAUCGCUUCCUACUCCUCGAAGCGCUACGUCUAUAGGCAAAUCGCCUAAUUUCUCGAGCUCGGCUUUCCUGCAGAAAGAACUGGCGGAUUGGGAAGACAAUCCGGACCUGUCUAUCUCGAAGUUUUCGGAACUGCCGUCCAAAAACUUUGGAGUCAAUCAGCACAUGGUCAUCAAUGAAGAAUUCAAAGAGGCUCUCCGACAAAUCCUUUGGAGAUUCCGCGCUCCCAUCAGAUAUGCGUUCGCGUACGGCUCAGGAGUUUUCACGCAGACAGCAGCGGCAAACUCGGAAUCGGACCCUGGCCACCCUGCACCACCGCAGGCGAUCCGGAAUGUUCAACAAGGAAAAGGAAAGAUGAUUGAUUUUAUAUUCGGCGUAUCGCAUACACAACACUGGCAUUCUCUCAACUUACAAGAGCAUCGCGACCACUACUCUGCGCUCGGUGCGCUUGGGUCUGGUGCAGUUUCGGCGGUGCAAGAUAAAUGGGGAGCUGGCGUCUACUUUAACCCCUUCGUGACGGUCAAUGGUACGCUCAUUAAGUACGGCGUGGUGAACAUUGACACCCUGUGUAGAGAUCUUAGUCAAUGGGAUACCAUGUACCUUGCUGGGCGUCUACACAAACCGGUGAAGAUUCUUCGCGAUCAUCCGCGAGUUCGAGUGGCGAACCAAGUCAAUUUGCUUUCAGCAUUGCGCGUCGCCCUGCUCAUGCUGCCUGAUCAUUUCACUGAACAAGAGCUAUAUACCACUAUUGCUGGACUCAGUUAUAUGGGCGAUCCUCGCAUGACUGUUUCUGCGGAGGAUCCUAACAAAGUCAGGAAUAUCGUCACGGGUCAGAUGGAUUAUUUUCGACGUCUCUAUGCACCUUUGAUUGAGAAUCUGCCAAACUGCGACUUCGACGAUCCUCGCUGCUCCCAGUCAGACUGGAUCGAUGACCCGUCGGCGAAUGUCAAGUUGACUCAGGACAUGGAUCCAGUGAAACGAGGAAACAUGGUACGACGACUACCCAAGUCGUUCCGAGAAAAGCUGUACUUUCAAUAUCAAAGCCGGUACCAGAUACCACGAUCAGAAUUCCUUGAAAUGAUGCAGAAAACAAGCGAUGAGGACCCUGAGCGCAUCCACCGACGACAAGGAGGAGCCUUUGAGCAACGUAUUGCGGCUGAUGGGAGCCUCAAGGAAGAGCUACAACACACGAUUACAAAGACUAUCCGAUGGCCAGCGACUAUGCAGACCAUUAAAAGUGCUCUCACAGCAGGUGUCGGCAGGGCGUGGACAUAUGUUGCCGAAAAGCGAAAGAAGCACAUCAAUUCAAAGAAGAAUAAUCAGAAUGAAUCCGAGCCUUCUACCAAGACCGAAACUCCCGAAAAACCGACACAAGAACCGGAGAAGGUCACAGAAAAGCCCAAAAGUGAUUAA